UCGAGAUACAGCGCAGUUCUUGGAAGACCCGCUAAAAUGGAGUGGUGGUGGUGGGUUAUGGAACGAGAGGGAAAAGGCGUCGGUGGGGGAGAAUCGAGAGGAAUGGACAAGAGUCGAGAGAAGAAAAGAGGUCGACGGUUUGGCUGGAUGGAUGGAGGGGGUGAGGAGAGGACGGUACGAGGGAGAGAGGUGGUUGGGUUAAACUCUCGACGGUUGUAUGUACCUGUUGAAUGUCUGGUGCAGUGGGUGCUGUACACCCUGAAUGUCGACAAGUGGAAGGGUGCGUUUAUUGAGAGACUGACGAAAGUUGGAGGGAAAGGGCCACUCGGUGAUUACUGAUUAGGGAGGUUAUGGUGGGAAUUCGACGCAGGACAGCGAUGAGGAGAUUCAUUGAGGCAGUGGCUGUUGGGAAGUACUCGAGAUGUUGGAGAUCUGGAGGGGUCUACAGGAGGACGAUGGGCAUUACGAUCGAGGGGUGGAAGAGAUCCAGUGACUUCCUGAGUGUGGAGGACUUCACUCGAGGGGCUCUACCUGCUUUUGUCGUGGAAUCGAUGAGAAUCUACUUCAAUAGUACCACCAAAGCAAGGCCACAAACGUCAACAGCUGUUCGCCAAUGAAUUUUUAAAUUUCCGGAAACUUCCACCGGUUCACCGGGCGCCGAAUGCAUUCGGUUAAUGUCAUUUGAUACAGCAGUGGAGGUGAUUGAAUGGAAGUGAUGCAGAGUCUGUUAAUCAUGCCUCCAACUGAUUCGAAUCCCUUUGACGACACGAGAGAUUGACUGGCCAUUAAUCUGUUGAAUCAAGUUUCCAUCGAUCAUCGCUGCGCAAUCAUACCCUUCACCGUUAGAACUCACGAUCAACGGGAUAUAAACAGGCUGGAGGAUUCCCAGUAGUUGGAAAAUGACUGAAAGCUCAUCCUCUUGAUCCCUAUCUCCAGAUGUGUGUGUACCAAAGGGGGAGACAGCUUUCGGUAUCCAGCGUACUACGAAGCAGAGGUCGUAUAUCACUGGGCUUUGUCGAGCACGUUAAAUGGCCCGAGUUGAGUUAUAGGCCAGUAUAUGCAAUCAGCUGACGUUCUCAUUGCGGGGAAACCCCCCCAGCUAGUCAAGCAAAUUUACCAACACCAGUGGUGCAUUGAAUCCUCUGUUUUCGUGCGUCCGAUCGUUCUGGCACUCGGAGGUGGAUUAUACCCUCACUAAAGUCAUGUAAUUGACCUCCACUAUCUGCCCGUCGUACCAAUAAAUGUACAAAGGACAAAAAUCGAUGAGCCCAGUAUUGAAUCGAAGCGAAUACCGUACAAGAUAAUCCCUCCAUUCUGAAAUCCUCCCCGAAGAAGCGAUAAAAAAGGAUGAAGAUGCCGUGAAAAUUCAAAGGAUAAGAAGCGCUGGGUUUUCACGGAAGAAUAAAAAAAGGGCCGAGGGAGGAGGGCUAACCACGAGGGAGCAGCCGCAGCGGUAUAAUAUCCACGGUGCGAAGCAAUGAAUAAAGCAACAUAACUGAAUAUACAGGGAUGCUGGGGGGAGGGUGGAUCCAGUGAGGGAGAGAUGAGGGAAAGUAGAGCUGACUGUCAUAACAAAAAUACCACGCCUCGAGCAGCGACAGAAAAACUGCGUCGACGAGCUGGGGAAUUCACACAGGAACCGAAAUCGACAAUGCACGAGUCGCUUUUAGUGCGGCUAUUAUCUGUCAAGACAGUUGUGCACGUGCUGCCAACACAGGUAUAUCAAACUGGGUCGCGACUGCACAGGCGCACUGACAGACAAGAAGGUGAAAGGAUUUACCUGCAGACAUUGCUCGCUGUAUUUCUUCCUCUGAAGACGUAAUAUUUACAUUGCUGUGACAUCUCAGCAGGACAUCCGCUCAUCAGGAGACAACUGAGAGUGUUAUUUUGG